UGUUGUUGCGCCGUCGCGUGUUGGAAAUCUGACGAGCUGUUGCGUGUUGGAAGUGAUUGUUGAGAUUUUUUUGCAGUUAUUUAUUGUGUUCUAAUGCAAAUAAAUAGUAGUUUGUGAGAAAAUAUUAGAAAUAUUUUUUUGUGAUCAGUGAGCAGAAUCUCCUCUGUAGUCUAUUUGUGCUGUGCUGGAGUGGAUUCCUUCUGUUCGUCAGGAGUGGCAUCUCGAUUCGAAACGGUUCUUCGAUUUUGCAGCCCCAGAAUCCCAUCGCUGUGCUAAUUGUAUUCCCACCAACCGCACCAUGUACUUCCGGAUCGUGUGAACGUGUUGGCCAGGUCUGAGCACGGGAGUGGAAGUGCUCUUAACAUUCUCAACAUCGCCGGGGUGUGGGUUCGAACCGGUGUUUCGAUGUGAUUGCCCAAAGAGGUGCAGCUUCAUGCGCGAGGUGGCUGUACGAGCGAGUGGCAAAGGCAAUUGCUGAUUGGCAGAAAACAAGUGAAAACCAUAAUGAGAUUAUUACUCGCUGUGCUAACCAUUCUAUCGCUGCUGGCAGGGAUCGGUGCCAUUUUCCAGGGUGGAGUACUGGACCUAAACUUCUUUCGCUGCAUGUGGAAAAAGAACUACGAGUGUCCGCACGAGGACAUACGCUUUUUCCUGUAUACACCAACAUUCCGCAAGGGUAGGGUCAUUGAUAUGAACAAACCGAAGACGAUCUUCAAUGUUGGCUUCAACACGAACCAGCAGACGGCCAUCAUCAUCCACGGUUUCAACGGUACCCAAACGAGCCGGCACAUCAUGUUCCUGAAAGAUGCGUACCUUUCACGAAAAUUCAACGUGUUCGCGGUGGACUGGGAGGCGCUCUCGCAGUAUCCGUGCUAUCUGUCGUCGCUCUCCAACACCAAACUCGUGUCCCAGUGUACAGCUCAGCUGUACUCUUUCCUUACCUUCGCCGGAUGCACGAGCAAACAGAUCACCUGCGUGGGACAUUCGCUAGGAGCUCACAUCUGCGGCAUGAUGAGCAAUCACUUGACCAAAAAGCAGUACAAAAUCAUUGGAUUGGAUCCAGCACGACCGUUGAUAGAGAAGCACGCCUCCACCAAAUUUCGCUUGACGCGCGAUGAUGCACGAUCGGUUCAGAUCAUCCACACCAAUGCCGGUCUGCUUGGCCAAAGUUCAUUUACGGGACGAGUCGAUUUCUGCAUCAACGGUGGCCAGGUGCAACCGUACUGCGAAGGGGAUAGAAUUAAGCAAGCACGAUGCAGCCACUUUCUGAGUGUGUGCUACCUGGCCAACGCAAUUCUUGCGGCUCGACCAAUGAAAGCAGUCCGUUGUCCGUCCGGAUGCGUACCAAACAACCGGAUACCUUUCGUCAAAUCAAAUCGCGUUCGAUUGAAAUUGCUUCGCGUGGGACAGGAUACGCCAGGAAACGUCACAGGAGGUUACUGUGUACACAUGGAACAAACCAUGAACUGUCCUUUCAAUUGAAGCUACCAAUUGAAGGACGUGUAGAAUGUUGUGC